UCGUGAUCAACUCCUGACAGAAACGUCUUCCUCCACCAGGAGAGCUUUUCCACUGCGGCGAUUGCGCAAUGCCGAGUCGUCCAGCGUGGAAUCAGGCUCACAAAGCAGAUCGAUGGUUGCUGCUGCCCGGAUGAGCCCAAUAUUCCGUAGUUGAUCUGUAAUUAGUAAGGGCUUUUGCAACCUUCCGAGUCGUAAUAAUACCUACCCCCUCUUGACCUGGACCGGACCUCUCCUCUCGGAAGUAUUGAUAUACCCUGACUUGCAACACACAUCAUCACCUCUUGCUUCUUUCCAGCAUAUACCACCGAGCCGUCAUCCACACUCCAGUCUCAUCGACAAGUCUCAUCAUAGUUGAAGAACCCGCCGACGACCGCCCGUGACUCGUUGGUGCCUCACGUCUGGCUCUCACAACACCGCAGACGACUCUUGCCUCAUCAAUCAGUCCCUCGACACCUCACACGAUGGCCUCCAUCAGCACAUCGCGACAGUCGUCCAUGACGGACGCCAAGGUCGACACCAGCGGUAUCGACUCAGGGUACACCUCUGGCCAGUCCGACUACUCGCCCUCGUCAUCGACGACCAACCUGCCCCUCAUGUCUCUCACCAAAGCCCACAUCUCGCACCUCAACGACCAGCUGGAGCACAUGCACCCCAUGGACAUUCUCCGCUUCUGCAAGAUCAUGUUCCCCAACCUCUACCAGUCCACGGCCUUUGGUCUCACCGGCCUCGCCACCAUGGACAUGCUCUCCAAGAUCCAGGAGGAGAACCCAGAGUCCCGCACCGUGGACCUCAUCUUCCUCGACACACUCUACCACUUCCAGGAGACAUACGACCUCAUCGACAAGGUCAAGGCGCGGUACCCCAACGUGCCCGUGCACAUCUUCAAGCCCGAUGGCGUCAACACGGCACAGGAGCUCGAGAACAUGUACGGCCCCGAGCUGUACAACACCGCGUCGGAGCUAUACGACUGGAUCGUCAAGGUCGAGCCGCUGCAGCGUGCGUACGAUGAGCUCAAGGUCGCUGCCGUCCUCAAUGGCCGUCGACGCUCUCAGGGUGCUGCCCGCGGAUCGAUCCCCAUCAUCGAGCUCGACGAGGAGCGCAACAUUGUCAAGAUCAACCCCAUGGCUGCCUGGUCCUUCAAGCAGGUCAACGACUACAUCAAGGAGAACAACGUUCCCUACAAUGCUCUCCUCGACCAGGGGUACAAAAGCGUCGGGGACUGGCACUCGACUGUGCCCGUCGCCGAGGGGGAGGAUGAGCGCGCCGGCCGCUGGAAGGGACAGCAGAAGACCGAGUGCGGCAUCCACAACAAAAAGUCGAGAUACGCGGCGUUGGAGGGCAAGUCGUCGGUGAUCCAGCCGGUGGCUUAGUCUCCCUUUGCUGGGCGAUCUUCUCCUUUGUGUCUUCUCAUGAUAGCAUGACUGGCGGGCAUUUGCGUUGGCGUUGGGGCUCUUGAUUUUGGAAUGAAAAUUGGUCGGAUGGAUGGAUCGAAGGAAUAUAUACCAACAGUGCGGCGCUCACUGAUUGACGGCUGUAGACAGCGAUGAAGACUCUGUAGACAAAAGAAGGAUAGAAUGAUGAUCAAACAUACCAUCAAUGACUCUUUCCAACAAUGC